AUGGGUUACUCGGAUGGAAUAAAUGAGUUGGUUGCUGAGGGAGCAAAGCUAUAUGCUGCUAAGGAAUUUGAUGAUGCGUCAGAAAAGUAUGCUGAAGCUUGCGAAAACUUCAGUAAUGAGCAUGGAGAAGAAGACGCAGAUUUGUUAUUGCUAUACGGAAAGUCAUUGUUUCAAAGCGCAGUGUUGAAAUCAGAAGUUUUUGGUGGUACUGGUGGUAACGAGGAAAAUGAUGACGAAAACAAAGAAAAGGAAGACGAACAGGAGGAGGAUGGCAAUUUUCAAUUUUGCGAUGAUGCUCCAUUGGCAGAAGAAGACGAUGAUGAAGGUGGUGCUGUAGCUGCAGAAGAAGAGGAAGAAGAGGAAGCUGGAAACGAAGCGGAUAAACAAGAUGCAGGCGGAGAAGAAGAAGAGGAGGAGGAGCAGAGUGAUUUUGAGGUCGCGUGGGAAAUCUUGGACUUGACUCGUUCUUUAUUUGAAAAUAAACUUGAAAAGGUGCAAUCUCAAGGUGAAAAGCUAAAGAUUCCAUAUUUAUCUAGAGAUAACGAGGAAACUGAUAAUGAAUUCGUAAUAUUGACAAAGAAACUUUCAGAAACGUAUGAUUUAUUAGGUGAAGUGUCAUUGGAAGCCGAGAAUUUCCCCCAAUCUGCUAUUGAUUUACAGAACUGUUUGGACUUGAGGCUCAGGCUAUACAAUCCUGAAAACUCGUCAUUAAUUUCAGAAUCACACUAUAAGCUAUCUCUCGCAUUAGAAUUCUGCGUCGAUGACCCAGAACUGAGACCGAAGGCCUGUGAACAGAUGAAGCUUGCGAUUGAAUCGGUGAGGGACAGAAAUAAUAAGGAAACAGAUCCCGCAAAGAAGAAAGAUAAUGAUGACUUGGUACAAGACUUGGAAGUGAGAUACCAGGAAUUAGAAAGAGAUCCAACAGAAGACCUUAAAAACGAGCAAAUGAACAUCAUCAAGGGCAUAUUAGGUGAGCCUAGUAAUGAAGGUGAAGAUAAUUCUCCUGUAGCUAAUCUUGUAAACGAUUUAUCAUCGGUUGUGAAGAAGAAACCAAGCAAACCUGCUGUCAGUGAUUUAACUUCGAUGGUGAAGAAAAGAAAGUCUACAUCAAAGAAUGGUGAGUCUUCAAAGAAAAGUAAGAAAUAA